AUUGCCAACCCUAAAAUUAAAAGCAUUCCAUCGUUGAUGAAAGAAUCCACCCACUCCACACUGCCCAACGCUCAAAUAUCUCUGUGCCAUCCGCUUUAGGGUUCUGAUCUUUCCACCUUCGCGUUUGAAAGAGAGGCGACGAAGAUCCGAAGAGGCCAUCGACUCCGCUCAUUGCUAUAUAAAGUUGAAGACUAGAGGACUUGAGAAUGCAGUUGCAGUAGCACUGGUUAUUCAAGAGCGAGGAUUUGGGGCUUUUUGGUAGCAAUCGAGGACUUUGGUAACGUUCAAAGUGAGGUUUUGGUGUGCUUUCGGGCGAGGACGAUGCUUGAGAGCUAAACGGGUGCAAAGGAGGCGCCUUUGGCUUUCCACCAACGCGAGGUUGAAGAGAGACGUCGAUUCCUUCGGUUCACGUCUGCAACUCUUGCUUCGGAGAAAAGGAACCACCUUUGUGUAUUGGUUACAGGAGGUGGUAGAGGUCGCGGCAACGGCUAUUGCAGGGGAGAAAGGGGGCGACUUUAGAGAGAGGUGUUGAUGGGGUGCUGGCAUUCCCGGCUGGAGAGGCAGGAGGUGGUGUCGCGGUGCAAAGCCCGGCGGCGAUACAUGAAGCAUCUUGUGCAGGGACGGAGAGACUUUGCCCUAGCCCAUUCCCUUUACCUUCGCUCUCUCCGCGCCACCGGCGCCGCCCUGCUCCAGUUCGCUAACGCCGAGACCUACAACCACAACAACAACGACCACCACCAUCUCCCGCUCCUCUCUUCCCCUUCCCCAUCUUCGUCUCCGCCACCCCUUCCCUCUCCUCCACCUCCUCCUACGCCACCAGCGCCACAGCCUCCGGCUUCAGCAAAGAGCCCGAUUUCUGACAACUGGACCUCCUCUCUCACUGCCUCCUCGCCCAUUCUUCACCCGCCGCCACCUCCACCGCCUUCUUCAAGUUGGGAUUUUUGGGAUCCGUUCGUCCCGUCCUUUUCUCGCUCAGCCACUGAGGAGUGUGAGGAGGUCACUACCACCGUAUCGGAAGUCACAGUGGCGCCUGCGGCGGUGCCUCCACCAGCGGUUGCCAGCAGCAAGACGAAGGAUAUAACCAGUGAACGAACAGUGGUUGUUAUCCCCAGGGCCAACAAGGAUCUGUCAGAGAUUGUUAAAGAGCUCGAUGAGUACUUCCUCAAGGCAGCUGAGGCCGGAAGAAGGGUUUCCUUCAUCCUAGAAGCUCCAAAUUCUGAUCUUUCUUUUAACCAAGGAAUUGGUGGAAAAAUGUCUGGCUAUGGCAAGAAUUUAAAUCCACUUCAUUGGUCCUGGAGAUCCAACUCUAAGACUUGUGGUGAUUUCACCGGCUUUGGGAAUUGUGGAGAGGGGAUGAGGGGAGACAAUGGAAGUGGGAGCUGCAGUGGAGUUGCAGCUGAUAGUGUGAGUCAUACCUCCACUGUGGAGAAACUCUAUGCUUGGGAGAAGAAGCUGUAUCUUGAGGUUAAGAAUGCUGAAACGAUCAAGGAGGAGCAUGAGAAGAGGGUGGCACUAUUGAGGAAGCAAGAAGCUAAAGGAGUAGACUAUAUGAAGGUGGAGAAGAACAAGAUGGAGAUCGAGAGUUUGGAAUCCAAAAUGAUGGUAGCAUCACAGGCUAUAGAAACCACAUCCUCUGCAAUCAUUAAGCUGAGGGAGGUUGAGCUCUUCCCUCAGCUUCUGGAAUUAGUCACUGGUUUGAUGACCAUGUGGAGGAGCAUGUACGAGUGCCAUCAGGUUCAGACACACAUUGUUCAACAACUUGAGUACUUGAACUGUGCACUGUCCUCACAAUCUACAAGUGAUGCACUCCGACAAGCUGCUCUCCAGCUAGAACUGGAGGUUGAUCGUUGGUACUCGUCUUUCUGCAGCCUCAUCAAGUCCCAGCGAGAAUACAUAUAUGCUCUAGCAGGCUGGCUCCGUUUGUCUCUCUUCCAGUGCCACCAUGAUCCUCUCACAAAAUGUGAUCCCAACUCAGAAAUUUAUUCAUUGAGUGAAGAAUGGCAGCUUGCCUUUGAUCGAAUUCCUGACAAAGUAGCCUCAGAAGGAAUUAAAAGCUUCCUGACUGUUAUCAAUGCCAUUGUCGUUCAGCAAUCAGAGGAGCAAAAGCAAAAGAAAAGGUCAGAAGCAGCAUUCAAAGAGCUUGAGAAGAGGUCUGAAGAGCUCAGAUCAAUGGAGUCGAAGUAUGGCCUCUUCUUCGAAGCUGAAGGUCAUAGUGAUGUGGCACGAAGAUCUCUUGUAGUAGAGAAGCGUGCGAAGGUGGAAGCUCUAAAGACAAAGGCCGAGGAAGAGAAGAGCAAAUAUGAGAAGAGUGUUGGAGUUACAAGAGCGAUGACACUGAACAACCUACAAACAGGGUUCCCCAACAUUUUCCAAGCAAUGACCGGCUUCGCUAGUGUGUGCAUGCAGGCAUUCGAGUCACUGUAUAACCAUCACAGAUGUUUGAAUCAAAUCCUUGAUCCAAAGAGACUUCUGGCAUGACAAUAUUUCGAGGUGUGAUCAGAUAUGCAAAUUGUUACAGACGUUAUUCUCGGACAGAGCUGUUCGAGUCAUUUAAUAGGAUGAAAGGAACCCUUGGGGAAGUCUUCCUGUGAAUUGCAAUGGUAGAGAGCUAACUUUGAGUUUUUUGGGCUGUGUUCCAGUUUGGAACUGGAUUUAUCAGUUUUGUAGUGUACUUGGUUUUUUAGUUAAUAGAACUAGUUCAUCAAUGUAAA